GUCUGUCGCGUGUCAAAGUCGUCAUCUUUAAGCUCACGAGUGUGGCUGACAAGUAAUAAGCCACACGUUUACAAGUGAAUUUAAUGCUGUUGGGACAAUCGUUCUUUGCCUAUUUGAUAACAUAAGAUGUCUUCACUCCUCAAGGUGAAAAAUGAACUUAAAGCCAAGGUUGAUGCUUUCAGGGAGCGUAUCACUUCAGAAGCAGAGGAUCUAGUUGCGAAUUUUUUCCCAAAGAAGUUGCUGGAACUUGAUCACUUCCUAAAGGAUCCAAUCAUAAACAUCUCUGAACUGAAGGAGAUACACUCGGAGAUAAACCUGACGGUGCCAGACCCCAUUGUGCUCUCAAACCUGCAUGACGGACUAGAAGCGCAAAAUGCCAAAAAGCGAAAGCUCGAGGAUGGAGGUGGGGAGGACAUGGUGACUGGCACCAAAGUCUUUGUCAUGCCUGGUGGGAUGAUGAAGAGCAACGGAAACCUUGUUGAUCUUAUUGAAAAGGUUAAACCAGAGAUCAGGACACUCAUUGAGAAAUGUAACACAGUCAAAAUGUGGGUUCAGCUGCUUAUCCCCAGGAUAGAGGAUGGCAACAACUUUGGAGUGUCCAUCCAGGAGGAGACAGUAGCUGAACUCAGAACAGUUGAAGGGGAGGCAGCAUCUUACCUUGAUCAGAUAUCAAGAUACUACAUCACAAGGGCAAAGCUGGUUUCUAAAAUAGCUAAAUAUCCACAUGUGGAGGACUAUCGGCGCACAGUAACCGAGAUUGAUGAGAAGGAAUACAUCAGUCUGAAGAUCAUAGUUUCGGAGCUCAGAAAUCAAUACGUAACGUUACACGACAUGAUCCUGAAGAACAUUGAGAAGAUCAAGAGGCCUCGAAGCAGUAAUACUGACGCAUUGUACUGAUGUUCAUCCAGCCAUCUCAGCCUCCACCUCCCAUCUCCAACCCCGUCUCCCUGCCAUGCCUGUUGAGCUACAGUAGUCUGACCCUGGUCCACAGGACUACAAUUAGACAUUCACCUACUUCAGUACAAUCAAUACCACCCAGUGCAAAAACAUAGCUUCCAUAGAUGGACACAACGCACAUGUUUUUGUUUUAAUUGUAAAAUAUUUUUCUUGUUUUAAACCAUUUGAAGAAAAAUGGGGAGAUAGAUCAUUGACAACAAAAAGCGCUAUGUAUUUUUUAAUUUUAAUUAAACAUUUUGUCCUCA